AUGGCUACAGUGAUCUCCAAUCUCUUGUCGAAUUCCGUUCUGCUGCGGCGUUCGCGUGCAGUGGGGAGUUCCAUGUUGGGCGACGUGAGCAGAUAUCCCAAGGACAUGCUCGAGCUGUUGAUCAUGCCGCUCAUCGCGCAGCAGAUCCCCGGCUUCAACGCCACAUUCUCCGUGCAGGACACAGCGUGCUACGGGGGUCCCACAGUGAUCCCGGUCAUCCCCCUGUCCUGCGACCCGCUCACCAUCCCCGCCACCUGCCCGCCCGGUGCGGUCAACAUGACGGCCGCCAAGGGCGUGUCGGGCCGCCCCCUCGACCCGGCCAUCUGCACUGACUUCCCCUACUCCAAUGCCACCCGGCCCUUCCCUGAGUCUUUUGACGUCUUCACUCCUUACCCCUACACUCCUACUCCUUUGCUCCCCGCUCCUGUUCCUGUUCCCGUGCCUGCCUCUCCUGCCCCUGCCCUUUCUCCACCUACCUCCUCCCCGCCGGCACCCAUUACUGGUGCUCCUCCCCCAAGCGCCGUGUCUCCGUCUCCCCCAUCUGCGUCUCCUCCUCCCGCAGCCCCCAGCCUCUCCGCUCCUCCCCCAAGCGUCGUGUCUCUAUCUCCCCCAUCUGCCUCUCCUCCUCCCGCUGGCCCCAGCCCCCCUCCUCCUCCCCCCAAGGCUGCUGGGGCUGACGGACUCUCUCUCGCUGCUGCGGUCCUGCCACUGCUGGCAGUUGUGCUGAUGGGGGGUGUAUAA